GUUCAUUCAUCCUUCUCUUCUCUCCGCUUCGGGGAAGUGACUGUGGCGCUUGGUCUCUCCAAGUUGGUGCCUAAGAAGAUGAUAAUCACACAAAUAAGUCAGUUCUACAUGACUAGCCUUGGGCUUCUCUUCCUGAUUAAUAUUCUCCCUGGAACAACUGGCCAAGGGGAAUCAAGACGACAAGAACCUGGGGACUUUGUGAAGCAGGAUAUUGGCGGACUCUCUCCGAAGCAUGCUCCAGAUAUUCCUGAUGACAGCACUGACAACAUCACUAUAUUCACCAGAAUCUUGGAUCGUCUUCUGGAUGGCUAUGACAACCGGCUGCGACCUGGGCUUGGAGAUGCAGUGACUGAAGUUAAGACUGACAUCUACGUGACCAGUUUUGGCCCUGUGUCAGACACUGACAUGGAGUACACCAUUGAUGUAUUUUUUCGACAGACAUGGCAUGAUGAAAGACUGAAAUUUGAUGGACCCAUGAAGAUCCUUCCACUGAAUAAUCUCCUGGCUAGUAAGAUCUGGACCCCUGACACCUUCUUCCACAAUGGCAAGAAAUCAGUGGCCCAUAACAUGACCACACCUAACAAGCUGCUCAGACUGGUGGACAAUGGAACCCUCCUCUAUACCAUGAGGUUAACAAUUCAUGCCGAGUGUCCCAUGCAUUUGGAAGAUUUUCCUAUGGAUGUGCAUGCCUGCCCACUGAAGUUUGGCAGCUAUGCCUAUACAACAGCCGAAGUAGUUUACUCUUGGACUCUUGGGAAGAACAAAUCUGUGGAAGUGGCACAGGAUGGCUCUCGACUGAAUCAAUAUGACCUGCUGGGCCAUGUUGUUGGGACAGAAAUAAUCCGGUCGAGUACAGGAGAAUAUGUCGUCAUGACAACCCACUUCCAUCUCAAGCGAAAAAUUGGCUACUUUGUGAUCCAGACCUACUUGCCAUGUAUCAUGACUGUCAUUCUGUCACAAGUGUCUUUCUGGCUCAACAGAGAAUCUGUCCCUGCCCGCACGGUCUUUGGUGUCACCACUGUUCUCACCAUGACCACCUUGAGUAUCAGUGCCAGAAACUCCUUACCUAAAGUGGCAUAUGCGACGGCCAUGGAUUGGUUCAUAGCCGUCUGUUAUGCCUUUGUAUUUUCUGCGCUGAUUGAAUUUGCCACUGUUAACUACUUCACAAAGCGGAGUUGGGCUUGGGAAGGCAAGAAGGUGCCAGAGGCCCUGGAAAUGAAGAAGAAAACACCAGCAGUCCCGACAAAGAAAACCAGCACCACCUUCAACAUCGUGGGGACCACCUAUCCCAUCAACCUGGCCAAGGACACUGAGUUCUCCACCAUCUCCAAGGGCGCUGCUCCUAGUGCCUCCUCAACCCCGACAAUCAUUGCUUCACCCAAGACCACCUACGUGCAGGAUAUCCCAACUGAGACCAAGACCUACAACAGUGUCAGCAAGGUUGACAAAAUUUCCCGCAUCAUUUUUCCUGUGCUCUUUGCCAUUUUCAAUCUGGUCUAUUGGGCCACAUAUGUCAACCGGGAGUCAGCUAUCAAGGGCAUGAUCCGCAAACAGUAGAUAUUGGUGGUGCCGCAACCAGAGCACUGUAUACCCUAGGAAGUGUCCAUGCACCCAAACCCCAGGGCUCCCCUUCAUGUGUUUCAGGAUUCUUUUUUUUUAACCUUCUUACCAAGCCAUGACUCUCAAUUAAUAUUUAUGAAUCUCAAU